GCAGACCACACGCGGCAUUAGGUCCCGUCCAGGCAAGCAAAUCGUACGCCAAGCGAGACCAACGGGCGCCUGCCAGUACCCACCCGCCGACGCCCACCCCACCUCCCCGCCGGCGACAUGCAUCCUCCCCCCGCCGCCGCUGCCGCCUCCGCCGGAGCGGACUACGUCCCGGCGCCCGCUCCCUCGGAGCAGGCGACGUACCCGAGGCUCUCGCCGGAGGACCUGGCCCCGCCGCCCCCUCCCCCGUACCACGCCGCCGCGUCCUACUCCGCGCCGCCCGCCUCCGGCAACCCCUACGUCUCCGGCCCCGCCGCCGGCUCCGUGCCGCCUCCCAAGAACACCAUGGACUCGGUGAAGGACGUGCUGGGGAAGAUGGGCAAGAGGUUCGGCGAGGCCGCCCGCAAGACGGAGAACACCGCCGGCAACUUCUGGCAGCACCUGAAAACUGGACCAAGUAUUGCUGAUGCAGCAAUGGGCAGGGUCUCCCAGAUCACCAAAGUCAUAGCAGAAGGUGGAUAUGAGAAAAUCUUCCAUCAAACGUUUGAUGUCCUCCCUGAAGAAAAACUCAAGAAGCCAUUCGCAUGUUAUCUGUCAACCUCUGCUGGUCCUGUUAUGGGUGUGCUCUACCUGUCCAAUGUAAAGUUGGCCUUCUGUAGUGAUAACCCACUUGCCUACAAGGUUGGGGACAAAAAUGAGUGGAGCUAUUACAAGGUUGCCAUCCCGCUAGCCCAGCUGAGGUCCGUUAAUCCUUCAACGAGCAGAACAAACGCAGCUGAGAAAUACAUCCAGGUGGUCUCGAUUGAUAAUCACGAGUUUUGGUUCAUGGGCUUUGUGUACUAUGACAGUGCUGUAAAGCACCUGCAGGAAGCACUCCAGGAGGCCCGUAUUUUGCAAGCUUAGUGAUGUCUAUAGGUUUGGACUAGCAUACAGUUGUGGUAUACUUUGUGUGUCGACGAACUGGGAGUUGCCGUGUGUAGUUUGAUAGGUGUUGUCGUUUGUUGCAAUUCGUGUCACUUUGAACUGGUUUUUCGAUCUGUGGCAUCAUAUCCAUCCUGUCAUGUUCGUUCAAUGUGUUUUCUGAUGUCUACGAUUGAAUUUUCAUUUUGCUUC